UCAAUGGAUGCCUCCGCGGCCAGAGCAGGCUCUCCCGACUCGGUCUGCACGAAGGUCUUCGCUUUCUUCACGUGUGUGUGACGGCUCCGCGAGAGAGUGACCCAUCUUCCCUGUCGAUUUUUAUCUCAACGAAGGAAUCUUCAGCCAGGAAAUAAGGAUUUGAAAAAUAGCGCCGCAUGCCAUGGCCUCGGUGGCAGCAUGGCUUCCCUUUGCGAGGGCGGCCGCAAUCGGUUGGGUCCCGAUCGCCAGCAAUCCCCUGCCCGCUCCGCCCGUCCCGAAACACAAACGCAAGACCGACGACGAGAAACUCCUCAUCAACGUCUCCGGUCGUCGUUUCGAGACCUGGAGAAACACCUUGGAAAGGUACCCGGACACCCUGCUCGGUUCCAACGAGAGGGAGUUCUUCUUCGACGAGGAUACCAAAGAGUACUUUUUCGAUCGGGACCCUGACAUUUUCCGACAUAUCCUCAAUUAUUACCGGACCGGAAAACUCCAUUAUCCCAAGCACGAAUGCUUGACGAGCUACGACGAAGAAUUGGCGUUUUUCGGGAUCAUCCCGGAUGUGAUAGGGGAUUGUUGUUACGAGGACUACCGGGAUCGGAAGCGGGAGAACGCAGAGCGACUCCUCGACGACAAAUUGUCGGAAAACGGGGAUCACCACUUGCCUCCGUUGACGAAUUCGAGACAGAAAAUGUGGCGAGCCUUCGAGAAUCCUCACACUUCCACAGCCGCCCUAGUGUUUUACUACGUGACUGGUUUCUUCAUCGCCGUGUCCGUGAUGGCGAACGUGGUGGAAACUGUGGCCUGUGGCAGUCGGCCCAAUUCCACGAAGGCCCUUCCUUGCGGUGAGAAAUACAAGAUCGUCUUCUUCUGCCUCGACACGGCCUGCGUCAUGAUCUUCACGGCCGAGUACCUCCUUCGUCUCUUCGCCGCUCCCGACCGAUGCAAAUUCGUCCGAAGUGUGAUGUCCAUCAUCGACGUCGUCGCCAUCUUGCCCUACUACAUCGGGCUGGGGAUCACCGACAACGACGACGUGUCCGGUGCAUUUGUGACUCUGCGAGUGUUCCGCGUGUUCCGCAUCUUCAAGUUCUCCCGACAUUCGCAAGGACUCCGGAUUCUCGGCUACACGCUGAAAUCCUGCGCCUCCGAGCUCGGCUUCCUCGUCUUCUCUCUCGCCAUGGCCAUCAUCAUCUUCGCCACCGUCAUGUUCUACGCCGAGAAAAACGUGGACGAAACCAAUUUUACUUCCAUCCCUGCCGCCUUCUGGUACACCAUCGUCACCAUGACCACUUUGGGUUACGGAGACAUGGUGCCUAAGACGAUCGCGGGGAAGAUCGUGGGAGGGGUGUGUUCCCUCAGCGGAGUCCUUGUCAUCGCCCUCCCCGUCCCCGUCAUCGUGUCCAACUUUUCACGCAUCUACCAUCAAAAUCAACGUGCCGACAAACGAAAGGCUCAAAAGAAAGCGCGUUUGGCCCGGAUCAAGAUGGCGAAGGCGACGUCAGGAGCGGCGUUCGUUAGUCGAAAGAAAGCGGCCGAAGCCCGACUUGCUGCUCAAGAGGAAAUGGGCAUGAAUAAAGACGGGGAAGAGCAUGUCAUGGACGACGACAUUUUUGAGCUCCAGCAUCACCAUCUCCUUCGGUGUCUGGAAAAAACCACGGUAUGUUCCAGGAUCUCCCAUCUCUUCCACAUGACUUUCUUCAAU